GCGUCUUUGAAUUCUUAUCCACCCAACCCCUCUACUAUUAAUUCAACAACCCAUACUGUUAGAUCUGUAAACACAGAAACAGAAGCAAGAUGUUGAGCAAAUUCCUCUCAUGUUUCUUACUUGUCUCUGUUCUAAUUACGUUUUCAUCAGUGAAAUCUGAUGAAGGUUUCGACUGUAAAUCCCCUGCCAAAUGUAUAUCUCUAGCUGGUUAUGUAUCACCCAACGCUACCACAUACUCAAGCAUCGCAUCUCUUUUCGGGAUAACAAAUUUGAAUUUUUUACUUGGAGCGAAUUCUUUACCAAUCGGAACGUCACCAAGCAAAUCAGUAGCCGCGAAGGAGACUGUCAAAAUCCCUUUCCCUUGUUCUUGUAAUAAUGGUAACGGAAUAUCUGAUAAAACUCCGAUUUAUAAAGUAAAAGCAGGGGACGAUUUAGAUCACAUCGCCAGGGAUAUAUAUUCGUUGUUAAUUACAUACCAAGAGAUCGCUGAAGCUAAUGGUAUUACUAAUCCUGACAAGAUUGAUGCUGGCCAGAAUUUGACUAUCCCACUUCCUUGUAGCUGCGAUCCUGUGGAUGGAAAUCCAGUCGUUCAUUAUGCACACAAAGUGGCUUCUAAAGAAACUUUAGAUAUGAUCGGGAAGCAGUUUGGGGUACCGGAGAAGACUCUAUUGGAUCUCAAUGACCUUGAUAAUGCUAAAGACCUCAAGGCUGAAUCAGUUCUUGAUGUUCCAUUAACAGUUUGUGGGUCUAUGGCAAACAAAACUUCGUGGGAAUAUCUUUCGCUUGGCUCCAACGGGACUUCUAUCGGAUCCAUGGUCAACAAAUGCCCUGGUGGGUCACCUCAAGCAUCACCAUCUGGUCCAUCCUCAUCUGGUUCAUCUCCGUCUGGUCCAUCACCAUCCGGUUCACCACGUAAAAAUUUACAGGGUUGGAAUAUUUUGUUGCUCACCAUGAGCUUGGGCUUACUUCUUUGUAGUUCCCUUCUAUAUUAGAAGAGUUUUGGUUUCCUCGGCAUCUUCCAAUAAAUUUAUUUACUUUCCAUAUUUAUCGAGUGUAUUGUAUCCGUGAGAAGAUGAUCUAAAUUUAAAUAUGCGCUUUUCUUUUUCAUUUUUAC